AUGGACACUGCCUCCCAUGCCAGCGCCAACGACGACCGGUCGCUCACGCCCGUAAACACCGCCACCACCACCACCUCCGACAACGACCCCAACUCGCACAAGUCUGGCUACUCGUCGCCGAGCCGGGUACAGAAAAAGUCCUCGACGACAUGCACCACGUGCCGAGCAAGAAAGGUCCGCUGCAACGGCGUACGCCCCAUUUGCUUCAAUUGCCAACGCCUGGGCUUCCCCUGCUCGUACGACGACGACGCUGCGGAUCCGGCAGCAGCGGCCGCGGCCUGGAGUGCCGCGCUGCCCAAGCGCAGGGUCAAGCAGGCCUGCCUGAGCUGCCAUUCGCGCAAGGCUCGCUGCUCCGGACACAUGCCCGCCUGCGAGCGGUGCAGGGCCCAGGGCAUCGAGUGCGUGUACCGGCCGACGAAGCGGGCCAGGAUCAUGAAUAAGAGCUUCAGCGCUGGCCGCCAUAGUCCACAGAGCCACGACGAGGAGCGCGAUGAGAUGCAUGAUAGCGACCCUGGCUUUGGGGAUCCGGCUGGCGGCGGCAUGGCAACACCCAACUUUGGCUCGGGCGACGCUCCCCCAAACGGCUCGGCACCGGAUGACUCGUUUGACGCCUUGAUAGGACGCACCUUUGAGAAAUUCUUUCGACACGUGCACCACAUACCCAUGUACUCCUUCUUGCACCGAGCGUCACUCAUGGAGCAGUAUCACGCGGGCAAUGUAGAACGGCCUUUGUUGCUGGCCCUCAUUGGAAUCACCUCUUGCCUGACGGACAUGGGCCCGGGCAUGAGAGCGUACGGUGCGAGAUGCAUUGACGAGGCCGAGUCGCUCAUCCUGAUGGACUACGCUCGGCCGUCCACGAUAAAGGUACAAGCGCUAGUUUUCAUGAUCAAACAUAGAAUCUUGUCGAACCGUUUUCAGAGCGCCUUCAUGCUGCUGGGCAUCGCCGGGCGAUGCUGUGCAGCGCUACGACUUAACUACGACGCUCCCAGCCUCUGCUUCCUCGCCCAGGAAUCGAGACGAAGACUCAUGUGGUCUAUAUACUGCAUCGACUCGGGACUGUCCGGCGGCCAUCGUGACUUUUCUCUCUGGCGGGUGGAGCGCAUAUUCGUCGGCCUGCCAUGCAACGAGCGCAACUUUGAAUUCGAUCUGCCCCAGGAAACUGAGCAGCUCAUCCCCGAGCCGGGGCAACCACAGCUACCGCAUGGCGAAGAUGUCGGGUCUCUGGCCUUGCACAUCCGCAUCCAGCACAUCCGUCACAAGAUUGCCGAGUUCACAAAGGACGCCCUCAACAACCCGACAGUACGCCCCAGCAAUCUACAAACGAAGGUCCUCUCCCUCCACCGCGAGCUCGAAGACUUUGCCGCCCACCUUCCCACCUCAUUCCAGUUCUCCGAAAGUUCCCUCAGACUACGCGCCUAUUCGCCGAGGAUAUGUGUCUUUGUCAUGAUCCACGUGUGGUGGCGCCAGUGCCACUGCGACCUGUACCGCCUGGGACUGAUUGGCCUGAGAGAAGCCCUCCCGCACUCGGCUCUCGAAAAGUUUGACUCGAGUUUCAUUGAGCAUUGCCAGCGUCAAUGUGUCGACCACGCCAUGGCCAUGGCGAGCAUAUUCCAAUCCAUGCAGAAGCUCGGCGCGAAACCAGUCGCCGACCUUGACCUCGCGAUCUGUGCGUACCAGUGCGCGCGCAUGCUCAAGUACGCCUACCACGCCAACUCGGGCAACCUAAACCUCUCGCCGGAAUCGGUCAUGGAGCAGUUCAACGUCUGUCUGCAGUGCGUGAGGGACUGCUGCAUGGGAACUGCGGCCGCUGGUAUUCGUGCGGACCUGGAGAAGCUCAUCAGUCAGGGGCUGGGGCCGAGGAUCACACCAUCACGACCCAGCCCGCCCCCUGACCCGAAUCGGAACAGAAGCUCGGGCAGAUUCCCUGAUGAUGGGGCAAGUAAUCAGCCUGUCCGGCAGAUCCCCGUGAAUAAUGGCAACAGCCACAGGAACGGCGGGUAUAAUAACAGCAACAAUAAUAAUGCGAACAACAGCAUCUCGAAUGAUGUUGUCAUGGCUUCUGCUCAAGAUGCUGCAGCAGCCAACUCGGCGCCGCAGGAAACGUUCAACGUUCCACCCGCCCAGAUGCUGCCCAUGCAGACGAACAUGAUGGUCUCCCCUCAGAACUGGGGCUCGCCGGUGGGCAACGCUCCCUCGGAUGCGCAGCAAGACUCCAUGCCCAAUGUCCAGCAUCAGGAAGGCCCGCCGUCAGAGCUCAACAAUGCUUUCGAGGGUGCCAUGGAUGGUCUUGGACUGGACAAUGGCUUGGACUACGCCAUGGGCAUCGACGUGAACAUGUGGACCCCUGGACAGAAUAACGAGUGGCAGGCCCCCAGUGGCGACUUGAACAUGAGCGGUGCCGGCGUCGGCGUCUAG